AUGUGGUAUCUCCUUAUCAUUGCGGCGUUAUUCGCCCAUCUAUCAGCCGCUGCGCCAGCAAUUAACAAACGGGCUGACCCUAGUAUCAAAUUGGAUUACGCUACUGUUGUCGGGUCCAGUGUAUUGGGCGUUGACUCGUUCAAAGGGAUCCCUUACGCACAGCCUCCGGUUGGCAAAUUGCGAUUGAAACCUCCGCAGCCCAUUACGACAAAUCUCGGGACCGUGAAGGCCACAGGGAUCCCUAGAGCUUGCCCGCAGAUGUAUCUCAGCUCGGAUAAUAUCCCCGAGGACAUUGUCGGAAGGUUUAUCAACACACCGUUCUUCCAGGCGGUAACCAAUGCCGGCGAGGAUUGCCUCACAAUCAAUGUUCAGAGGCCAUCCUCAGCAACUCCGAACUCCAAACUACCGGUAGUUUUCUGGAUAUUUGGCGGUGCCUUUGAACUGGGUUCCACACAGCUGUAUGAUGGCACCUCAUUGGUCUUGAGAUCUAUGGCGCAGAGAAGAAAUAUUAUAUACGUUGCUGUGAAUUACAGAGUUGGAGGCUUUGGAUUUAUGCCCGGCUCAGAUAUCAAAAAGGAUGGAUCCGCGAACCUAGGGCACCUCGAUCAGCGCCUUGGACUUCAAUGGGUUGCUGACAAUAUUGCCAAGUUUGGUGGAGACCCUGAAAAGGUUACUAUCUGGGGGGAGUCUGCAGGCUCCAUCUCAGUGUUCAACCAAAUGACGAUGUACGAUGGCGACAACACAUACAAAGGAAAACCUCUCUUCCGUGCAGCAAUAAUGAACAGUGGGAGUGUUGUUCCCGCCGACCCUGUUGACUGCCCCAAGGGUGAGGUUGUCUACAACAAAGUUGUUUCAGAAGCUGGCUGUGCCAAUGCCGCCGAUAAACUUGACUGUCUGCGAUCUGUUGACUACACAACCUUCCUCAAUUCCGCAAAUUCGGUGCCUGCUUUCCUUAGCUACAGCUCUGUAGCUCUCUCUUACCUUCCACGACCUGAUGGGAAGGUACUCACUGCGUCUGCGGACGUUCUGGGCAAAAGCGGACGCAUUGCCCGAGUUCCCUUUAUUAUUGGUGACCAAGAAGACGAGGGUACUAUCUUCGCACUCACACAAUCCAACAUCACAACCACUGACCAACUGGUCGACUACUUCAACACCUAUUACUUCAAUGGUGCCACGAAGGAACAACUAAAGCAAUUAGUUGACACUUACCCUGAUAAUCCAUCCGCCGGCUCCCCUUUUAGGACCGGCCCCUUCAACCAGCUAUAUCCGCAAUACAAACGGCUUGCUGCCAUUCUUGGAGACCUAGUCUUCACGCUUAACCGUCGCAUCUUCCUCGAUAUUGCUAACCAGAAGUCCCCUGAUACUCCAUCUUGGUCCUACCUUGCAACCUACAACCACGGUAUCCCAUUUAUCGGCACCUUUCACGCAUCUGAUAUCCUGACUACUUAUGGAUACACACCUGGAAUCCCCAGCACCAGUAUGCAGAAUUACUAUCUUAGUUUUAUUAAUACUAUGGACCCGAACAAGGGAACACCGUCUGGCUUCCCUAAUUGGCCUCGAUGGAGUGAGGGCAAAAAGCUGUUAAACUUUGAAGCAUUGGGGAAUAGUUUGCUCUCGGAUGAUUUUAGGGCGGAGAGUGCAAAUGGAAUUUCCGCACAAUAUGAUGUCUUACGCAUAUAUUUCUAA